GCAAGCUAGCUCAAGCCAGCAGAAACACAGUACGUAGAGGAGGCGUAGAGCGAGCUAGCAGCUAGCUAGGAGAGCGAUCGAGCUCAACCCGUUUUCAGUCGAUCGAGCUCGUUUUGGCCAUCGACGAUCAUCAGUACAGUCAGCUCGAUCAGCUGUUAAUUAGGGAUCCAUGGCGAACGAGGGCAUGAAGCCGGUGGCAGGCCUCCUCCUGGUGCUCAACUUCUGCAUGUACGUCAUCGUGGCGGCGGUGGGCGGCUGGGCCAUCAACCACGCCAUCAACUACGGCUUCUUCAUCGGCACCGGCCUGGAGCUCCCGGCUCACUUCUCCCCGAUCUACUUCCCCAUCGGGAACGCGGCGACAGGGUUCUUCGUCAUCUUCGCCGUCAUCGCCGGCGUCGUCGGCGCGGCAUCGGCGCUCGCGGGCUUCCACCACGUCCGCGCCUGGAGCGCCGAGAGCCUGCCCGCCGCGGCCUCAGCCGGCUUCGUUGCCUGGACGCUCACCCUGCUCGCCAUGGGAUUGGCGGUGAAGGAGAUUGAGCUGCACGGCAGGAAUGCCAGACUGAUAUGCAUGGAGUCCUUCACCAUCAUCCUGUCAGCGACGCAGCUCUUCUACCUGGUCGCCAUACACGGAGGCUUGAGAUAAAAUCAUCACAUUGGCUGGAGGCAGAGAGUCAGAGACUGGAGAAUGAAGAUUUAUCGGUUCCGUACGUACGUAUCGAAUUGAGUUGGCGUGCAUCGGUCGUUUCAGGCUUCGUCGCUUUGUCGUCGCUGUGGGUUUCUUCCAAGAUGGAGACGCAGUACCUAUGUGUGUAUCUGUUCGUGUACAUGUGUGUGUGCUAACUACGUACGCCAUUGUGUUGAGAGGCUGCUUGGCUGGUUGAUUUUACUAGUUGUAUCUCGUCGAUUGUACAUGCGUCCGAUUGGUUACGUCAUUCCGUGUGAUUCAUUGAUUGUUUUCGGAGAUGGGAAGGCAAUAUGUGAGUUGUGAGUACUGUUAAAUUACAUGUCAUGAUGCAAUGAUGAUGUGGUGGUUACUUGC